AUGGUGGCAGUGGAAGGCUGCGUUCACGGCCAACUCGACCUUAUAUACUCUAAAAUUAAGGAAAGGGAAAUCGAGGACAACAUAAAGGUGGACCUGUUGCUCUGCUGCGGUGAUUUUCAGGCUAUCCGCAAUGAAUCUGAUUUACAAGAGCUGGCAUGCCCACCAAAAUAUAAGGGUUAUAACGAUUUUAGGGACUAUUACAAUGGAAUCAAGGAGGCACCUGUGCUUACAAUAUUCGUGGGAGGAAACCACGAGGCGCCGGCUUUCCUGAAGGAGCUGUACCACGGGGGCUGGGUAGCGAAGAACAUCUAUUAUAUGGGCCACUCGGGGGUCGUGAAUGUAAAUGGCAUACGCAUCGCAGGUCUAUCUGGAAUAUAUGAUCACAGGGACUACACCCGUGGGUUCUUCGAAGCGCAACCGUAUGAUGAGUCCACGAAAAGAUCGGCUUAUCAUGUGCGGGAGUAUGACGUGAAGAAACUGCAUUUGAUAGAAGAGCCCAUUGAUAUUUUCUUAUCGCAUGACUGGCCCCGAGGCAUUGAACAUUAUGGUGAUACUGCCUCCCUGAUGAGGAGGAAGCCUUACCUAAGGCCUGAUAUACAGAAAAGGAAACUUGGCAAUCCAUACACGUGGGAGCUGCUGACGAAACUAAAACCUCGAUAUUGGUUUGCAGCUCACUUGCAUGUAAUGUUCGAGGCAAACGUUAGACACGAUGUUGGGAAUACCUACUUCCUAGCGUUGGACAAGCCUAUUCCAGGAAGGCAUUAUAUCGACUACCUUCAGAUCGAGCCCCUAAAAAAUAAAAAUCGCCCAAAUAAUGAGGAUAUAUCCAUCUGCUAUGAUGUCGAAUGGCUUUCAAUCGUCGCAUUAAAUGCGCAAAAAAUGCCCCUGAAUUCGUUUCCCUCGGCUGUCAAACUCAAUCUAAACAAACCUGAGGAAGAAGAUAGGAAAUUGGUUAAGGAUGCACUAGUGCAUGAGGCGUGUGACAGUUGUCCCGUUGAUGAAACAACGGAAUAUCCCAUCCCGAAACCUACGGAAGAAUCUAUAAAGGAUCCAGCAAAACAGAGAGCGGGCGUAAUGCAACUUUUGAGACUGUAUGAAAGCGAUUACUUUACCGCUAAGCGCAACGCGAGAUUCCAGGUUAAAUUCAAAUAG